AUGAAUGUAGGUGACGGAUACUCGUUAACACAAAAUAAGGUUUUUUUUUCUCUUGAACGACUUUCAAUGUCUUUACGCAGACCUCCACUUCCUCGAUUACUUCUCAACAACGUUUCUUGCAUGAGAAACGCUCAACAAAUCUUACGCCACACAAACAUCUCAAUUCACGACGGUGGAGCCCUAGUACUCACCGGAGCAAACGGCUCCGGCAAGUCUACCUUCUUACGGAUGCUGGCCGGAUUCUCCAAACCAUCAGCCGGUGAGAUCCUAUGGAAUGGCCAUGACAUAACCGAAUCAGGAGUUUUCCACCAAUACAAACUUCAACUCAACUGGCUCUCACUGAAAGAAGCCAUUAAAUCCAACUUCACUGUUCUUGACAAUGUUCAAUGGUUUGAAGUUCUUGAAAGUAAACAAGGAAAAUCUUUACCUGCUCUUGAGUUCAUGGGGCUUGGACGACUUGCCAAUGAGAAAGCACGGAUGCUUUCAAUGGGUCAAAGAAAAAGAUUGCAGCUUGCAAGAGUGAUGGCCAUGGAUAGACCGAUUUGGCUGCUUGAUGAACCUUCUGUUGCUUUAGAUGAUGAAGGUGUGAAGCUUUUGGAACAGAUGAUUGCAGAUCAUAGGAGCCAGGGUGGAAUAGUCAUUGUAGCUACACAUCUCCCCAUUGAGAUUCAAGAUGCUAUGAUCUUGAGAUUGCCUCCAAGGUUUCCAAGAAGGAUAACUUUAGUAGACAUGCUUCCUCAUUGAGGUGAUACUUAAAUUAAGCAAUUAGGAAAGUUUCCCUUAUAUUAUAUAAUGAAAGGUUUCUUAUUGUUAUUUGAUUAGGAUGGUUUCAAAUACUAUUGUUUUUUCUUUACUAUGAAACCUUUUGGGUUCAUUGUUUUUUUUAACAUCCAUAAAUUAAGAUUAUAUGUUUUAGCCUUACGGUGAAUAAAUACCUA